AUGGAGAGGAAACGCCUUUCAGGAGUCGAAAGCCCUCGUCCCCAGGCUCAUGAGAACAAUGCGACUAGUAAUCAAGGAAACCGUGUCCAUCCAUCGGGAAAACGAGUCUUCGAAGUCUUUGGCACUCGUAAUAGUGCCAGUGUCAAGUCAAACCAUUCUUUAUCGAAGAAAGCGUCUCCUUACACCGAUAAGUUCUUCGCUAACGUUGCGGAAGCUAUCGUUCGCAGCUUCCCAUUCACGGAGUUCGCAAAGGAAAAUAGUUGUGAGAUCAAGGAUGUUGUCCGAGCACUUAAAGUCACGGUUGUGGAACCUCUCUCCAAGCCAUCGAUACAGAAAAGCUCGACUCCUGCAGAAUACGCUCAACGCGAGCCUGCGACGCUCGGUUCUGCACCUUCAAUUCCCCUUCCUCCAGUAGAUCCGCAAAAUAGACGUUGGAUAGUAUCUCGUCAACCUGGACAAACAACACCGCCAUCCGCAACUUCAGGGAGCACACGGUUUGAGGUCUCAUCCACGGCUACCUCCGAGCCCUCCAUACUUCUCAAGGGUGGCCGUGGAGUCAAGAGACGCAAGACGAUGGUUCCUGUUGAACAACAGAUUAUAAAGCAGGACGCCUAUGGCAACUACGUUCCUGUCAAAUCUAUAACAACGGCGAGUGGUCGCUUUGGCGAUGAUGGCAGCAAAGAGUGCUAG